AUGCUAAAGGCAUUGUCUCACCUCCAAAUUCUUGAUCUUUCGGGUGCUGAUAAGUUGAAGGAAAUCCCGGAUGAAUCCUUGCACGAAAAGCCUGACCUCAAGAUCCUUCAUCUCUCUAAAACUUCAAUCACUAAUUUACCUUUCAAUUUUGAGAAGCUCUCUAAUCUUGAGUUCCUUGAUCUUUCUUAUAACCCUUAUUUGGUGAAAAUCGAAGACAACACCUUCGGACAUCUGAAAAACCUCCGUCAUCUUAACCUCUCCUCGAACAUCAAAAUUGAAAAUCUGCCUUCACUUUCCAACCUUUGUAAACUUGAAGUUCUUAAUCUUUCUGGUUGUAGUGCUCUGACAAAAAUAGCAGAUCAAUCUUUUGAGCACAUGACUCGCCUUCACCGCCUCCAACUCUCUGAAACUCAGAUUGAAUCCCUGCCGUCCCUUUCCAAACAAUUCGACCUCCGUCAGCUCGAUUUAUCUGGUGCACAGCUUCUGAAAGAAACUGAUGCUGACUUCUUGAAGAAUAUGAACCGCCUUCAGAUUCUCAACCUAUCAGGGACGGGUCUCCCGUUACCUUCCCUCUCCAAUCUCACUAACCUCACCCAGCUUUCCCUUAGAGGUUGUUCACUCUCAGAAUCGGAGCCAAAUUUUGGAGAACAUAAAAAGCUGGAGGUUCUGGAUCUUUCGGAGACACAGAUUACUUCUCUACCCUCCCUUGGAAAUCUUACCAGUCUCCGGGAGCUUAAGUUAAGAGGGUGUUCGGGCUUAAAGGAGCUUCCAGAUCUAAACUCGCUGAUCCAUUUGGAGGUUCUUGAUUUGUGGGGGACCGGAAUCAAAGGAUUUCCCUAUGAGAUCUCAGAAUUGACAAGUUUAAAGCACGUUGGUCUGCCAGACAUGACGGGUGUUGAAAAGAUCGAGUGGGUUAGGAUAAAGCGCCUGCCGGAGGAGAUAAACUGGGCUGAGUGCGGCAUCCUCAAGCACUGUAAAAACGGGCCUUGCAUAUCUCUGAGUGCUACCCAACUUUCUGGAAUUCUCAAGGACCAUCCUGAUCAGUUAGGGAAUCUCGAAAAAUUUUACAUCUCUGUGUCCGCCCCUCUUAAGGAGGAAGGUGGUGCUAGAGAUAUCGAUUGGCACAGAAUUGACCCUUCCUUGAGAAAUAUCUACCUGCAGAAAUUUGCAGUUCCGGAAGAGGGUGGACGGUUUCUGGAAAUUGUUGGAUUCGAUAGUUUUCCUGAUGCUAUCAAGGGUGCCAUCGUAGAAGCAGAGUACAUUGCUUUGAUUCGCAACAAGUUCAUGGAAUCCUUGUCAGGCUUAGCUGCGGGUUUGAAGGCAGUGAACGAGGGCGUGACGGCAAUGAAAGGCUGCACGGUGGAGAAGUGCACCGAAAUGGAGUCCAUUUUUGGCGGAGAAGAGACAGAAGUCAAAAUGCUGAAAAAUCUAGAGACUCUGAGGGCGUCAAACCUUCCAAAGUUGAAGAGUGUCGUCUCCAUUGGGACGGAGAAAGUUGGAGGGUUUGAAAAUCUGAAAGAGUUAUAUCUGGAUUGUUGCCCAUUGCUGGAAUUUGUGUUUCCAUCAUCCCAGCAGCCAGAAAAUAUUGAAAUCCUCGAACUCAAAUUCUGUGACAAAUUGAAGACUCUGUUUGAGUCUGAACCACCGACAGAAACAGAACGUAAACUGCCGAAAUUGAAGAAACUGCAUCUCGUGGAACUGCCAGAGUUAACCAGCAUUGGAGUGCCAGAGUCGAUGAGCGUUGGGGAUAUAUUUCCAUAUAUCAACUCAAUCAAAGUUUGGGAAUGCCCGAAGAUCAACAACUUGGACGAAAUUUCUGGAUUGACACCUGAUUCUGUCAAGAAUUCCAAAGUUGAAGACUAUUGUGGUUGA